AUGAAGUUUAUAAAUACCUUCAUAGCCACCACUUUGUGGCUAUCUUCAUUGACUUUAGCAUAUUCAUCGUCUAACUUAAUCCAAGUAUCAGAUAAAGAUUUUAAACAAGUUGUUAUAGAGUCAGAAAAAUUUACUUUUGUUGACUUUUAUGCUGAUUGGUGUCGCCAUUGUAAGAAGUUAGCACCAACUAUAGAAGAAUUAGCUGACUUGUUCAAAAAUUAUCCUCAAGUUCAAAUAGCCAAGAUUAAUGGGGAUGCAGAUGGAAAGAAAAUGGGUAGGAAAUAUGUAUAUCAAGGGUAUCCUACAUUGUUGUUUUUCCAUGGUAGUAAGGAACCAGUAGAAUUCAAUGGCAGUAGGGAUUUGGAAAGUCUUUCCAAUUUUAUCCAACAAUUGAGUGGUAUUAGACUUAGCAGUACAUCUGCCGAAGAAAAAGAAGAAGUGGAUACAGUGCCUGUAGUUGAAAAUAAACUUGUCAAGAUUACUCCUGAAACAUUUAAUGACACUGUUAGCUCAUAUCCCUAUGCUGUUGUCCUGGUUGGCGCCACAUGGUGUCGAUAUUGUCAAGAAUUGAAGCCGAAUCUUGAUAUUUUGGCAAAUACUGUUUUUGGAAGAGACAGUUCCAAAUUGUUGAUUGGCUAUUUGGAAAUAGAUGAACAUGAAAAUGAACAAAUCAGUGGCAGAUAUGGAGUAGAAACGCUCCCAACACUCUUAUUCUUUAAGGAUGGAAACUUAGAUAAUCCUUUGGUUUAUAAAGGAGAUAGAAAAUUUGUAUCAUUAGUGGAGCAAUUGAAUAAGUUUACUAAUUUGUCGAGAGAUUCAGAGGGCAAUCUAACUCCCAAUGCUGGAGUGUUACCAGAAAUCAGUCAAUUAAUAAAGGCAAACACAGAUCCUGAUUCGAUAUUGUCAAUCUUUGACAAAUUGGAUACUCUUGUUGUAGAGGAAGAAACCAAGGGAUACUAUGAUAAGAUAUUAUACAGCAUUUUGAAACAUGAAGGUGGUUUUCUUCAAGUGGAAUUAAACAGAAUUAACGAUAUUUUGACUAAAGAGGUUGCAAAAUUGGAUUCCGUUACUAUUGAUUCAUUGAACAAAAGAUCCAACAUACUUAGACUGCUCUUGUAA